AUGAGUGAAUUCUGGUUGUGUUUCAACUGCUGUAUUGCAGAACAGCCUCAACCUAAAAGGCGUCGUCGGAUUGACCGAAGUAUGAUUGGAGAACCAACAAACUUCGUACACACAGCUCACGUAGGAUCAGGAGACCUGUUCAGCGGAAUGAAUUCAGUUAGCUCCAUUCAGAACCAAAUGCAGUCCAAGGGAGGCUACGGGGGCGGCAUGUCCGCCGGGGUGCAGAUGCAGCUCGUGGACACGAAGGCAGGAUAG